CUAUAGAGGCACUCAGUAUUUGUAAAAGAGGCACCAGCACCACAUGGCAGUAAAGUUGCAACAUUCCUCUUAGACUGACAGGAACAGUCACUGUAUUCAAUAUGGCACAGUGGAUUUUCAGACUGAAAGGUUGCCUUGGCUCAAAAGUGUACUCGGAGGUUCCAGAUGGUGGUUGGGGUUGGAUUGUUGCUGUGGCCUUUUUCCUAGUAGAGAUGUUCACUUAUGGGGUCAUCAAAAGUUUUGGGAUUUUCCUCAAAGACCUAAUGAGUGACUUUGAGGAGAGCAACAGUCGAGUAUCAUGGAUCAUUUCAAUAUGUGUCUUUGUUAUGACUUUCACAGCACCUUUGUCAUCAGUGCUGAGUAAUCGAUUUGGCUUCCAGCCAGUUGUGAUGUUUGGAGGAUUCCUUAUAUCCUUGGGCACAAUCUCAACUGCAUUCACCAGCUCUAUCAAUCAGAUGUACCUCACUAUUGGGGUAGUGACUGGCCUGGGUUACUGUUUGACAUUUCUGCCAACUGUUACAAUCUUGUCCCAGUACUUCAGCAGGCGUCGCUCUGUGGUUACUGCCAUGGCCUCCACAGGAGAAUCAUUUGCUAUAUUUGCUUUUGCUCCAGCAUUCACAGCUCUUAAAAACUGUAUUGGCUGGAGGUACACUUUGGUAAUGAUUGGAACAUUACAGGGGAUCAUUAUUGUCUGUGGGGCUCUGCUCCGGCCCAUAGUCAUCAAACCAAAGACUUCCCAGACUAGAACUGAGCAGAAGACCACAUACUCUCUCCCUGAAGAACAACUGAGAAGCUCUGUGAGCUCUGGAGAUUCUGGUGUACAGUCACUUGAUGAGCUGGAGCAGGGCCUCAAAUCUGUGAGGGAUAAGGGAGAGGCGGAACCACUACAAGUCCUCCCCAAAAAACAGGAAACUAAAAUCCAGAGUACAAAUAAGCUCCUGGACUUGACUGUAUUAAAGGAAGGCAGUUUUUUGUGCUAUUCGGCUUUCGGCCUCUUUGCAACACUGGGCUUCUUUGCCCCUCAGCUGUAUGUGGUGGAGCUCAGUGCCAGUAUGGGCACUGAGAGGGACAAGGCCGCUUAUAUGCUUUCAACAAUGGCUAUCGCUGAGAUCUUUGGACGUCUCUCCAUUGGAUGGGUCCUGAGCUGGGGGCGAAUCAGAAAGAUCUUUGUACUGCUUGGAUGUGUGUCACUAAUGUGUCUGGUUUUGGUGUUGUUCACUAUGAUCCAUGACUUCUGGGGACUGGCAGUGUGUUGUGUGCUUUAUGGCUUCUUGCUCGGCAACAUUGCAUCAACACACAUCCCCAUGUUGGCGGAGGACGAUGUUGUAGGGAUCAAGAGGUUGCCCUUAGCUGUAGGCGUCUACGUCUGUAUUCAGAGCUUUGCAGGACUUGCUGGCCCACCUUUAGGAGGUGUCCUUGUGGAUAUUACACAAAAUUACAGCUCUGCUUUCUACUCGUGCGCUGUGGGAAUGGGACUAGGUGCGGUCUUCCUUGGGCUUGUGCGUCCAGCGAAGACAGGUCAACUGUGCAUGAGGAGGGUCGAUGGACAGAAUAGCUCGGCAGUGGAGCAAGUGUCCAAAGACCAAGACAUUCCUGAGGAAAUCCUGAAAGAAUUGGACAUACUUACAAACCCAGAAAUAAAGUCUUGAAACAAAGACAUCCUUUCUGAAUUAAGUGGGAUGAACUGAUCCUGAGGACCUAUCAGAGCUGCUGAUAUCAUUGGAAAACUUAGAAUUUAGUCUGAAUGUAUCUAAAGGAAUCACUAUGUCAUGAUUCACAAUAAUUGCUUAAGAAAUGCAAUUGUUAGUUACACACUAAAUUCACGAAUGUAAUGAUUACAAUAGCUGUCAUCAAAAACAAUAAGCUAAAGUUGAGCUCAUACCUCAUCUUAUUACCAAGUCUGAACUGAAACUGAACUGAUACUGGGACUUUUGUUGAUGAAAAGUUCUGGGUGCAAAAGAACAAACAUAAUCUGUGACAGGAGACCACAUGUUGUGGUUUUAGUGAUUAUAGGUGAUGGCUCUAUGAUUACUAGGCAGGCACUGGUCGGUAACGCAAUGACCAAAGUUAUUGUUGAAUUCAAUGUCUAAAGUUAGAUAGCUAAAAUGGUAUAAAAAUAGAAAUGGUACAGAUAAGUGAUAAUGUAUAGGAUUUGAUGUUUCAUUUAAAAAAUAUUCCUAAAGUACCCAUGGAUUAAGGAAAAACGCUUUAAUACUCUCAUUCUUUUCCUAAUAGAGUGAUGGAUAGCUCUUCAACAGGAUGUGAAGUGGGACAAAAGGCGAAUUCGAACCCGGGUCAUCCGCACGAAAAAAAAGCACAUCCACACUGUCGUUAUACCCCACACCGCUGCAGCGACACUAGGGAGCAGUUUGUCUUCAGUUUCUGUUUCCACCAGACUAUUGGAGUGCAUAAAGCAACGCUGUGUGUAAAUAGCAAAUGGUCAUUUUGAAAAUAUUUUAAUGAAUAUUCUGGAUAAAUUCUUCUCAAUAAAAUGUCAGUUGAUUGGGACUCACUUUAAGGCUUAAAAAAGGAUGUUAAAGUAAUCCAUGUUACUCAUGCGUCAUAGUCUGCUAAAGGCAUGCGAUAGGUCUUGAUGAGAACCUGAAAUUUAAGUCAUUAUUCAGUGAAAAUGUUGCCGUCCAUUGAGCGUUUAUGAGUGCUAUGAGAGAAGUUUGUUCACAGUGGCACACAUGUUCAUGCGAGAAUCUUGCCAGUCACCCAUUUUCACUAUAAAAUAACGUACAUUUCGGGAACGACAUGAAUAAAUUAUGAAAGAGUUUUUUUGUGUGUGGGGGGGAGCUAUUCCUUUAACUCUGAAUGCAAAACCCAGGUAAUGCCAGAAGUGUCAGUUGUAAGUUGUUUACUAUCAUGGCGCUUCCAAAGCUUAUGACAGGGUUCUCAACUGUGAAUAACAUUUGCAUCUCUAUUAUAGAGAUGAUUGUGAAUGCAAAACUUCACAGAGUUCAGCCUGAUGCAACGGUGAAAUCAACACAAGGAUAGCCAGUGUAAUUAUGUGUGUCAGUAUUAACUAGUAUUAAGCCACAACUUCAAAUGUGAAAGUGUCUGAUAUGACCUGUUACAGUAUAACCAAAUAUUUUGUUAUCAAAAACUGUCAUAUGACUUGAAUUUUAUCUACGUAUUUAGAAAGCAGUUGUAUUUGCUGCAUGUUCUAUGGAAUGUAAAUGUUUUUGCAAGAUGUACAAUGAGGUUUUCUGUUUCAAUGCACAAUAGAUAUAAUAGUUAUAAUCAUUUUUAAAUCAGAUUUAAAAAAAUAAAGACAUCCUUUUUU